AUGCUUGAGAUGUGCUCCUUUGUUCUCAACUCACCUUGUUUGCCAGCCAUUGGUCAGUCGACCAAUCAGAACGCUGCAUUUUCAACCCUGCAGAAUCCCAAGGUUCGCAACCUCUUUGAAUUCCAUGUGGCGGAUUUAAAGCUGCCUCCGGAAGGUUCGAUGAAUCUCUCUUCCUGUUGCCUUCCGGGGACAUGGAUUCCUCCAGACCUCUGUUUCUCUCAGUGCCGCAUCCUCCUCGAAGUUGAUCUCAAACCCGGAGGCGAAACGUACAACACUUCCGUCACCUCCAGCACUGUCAAAUCCUCUGUCUUCCGAACUGGUGUCCUU